ACGAGCCCGUUCGAUUCGUGACUUCAAAAAAGUAUAAAUACGAGUGGGUAGUGACGCCGACAUUUUUAGUGUAUCUCGUUCGUUCGUAGCGCGCGGACGCGGACGUAUUAUCGUUUACUUACUUACCUACCUAUCUAUUACUCGUACGUUUACGUCGUGAACUCGUCGUCUCGAAAUGGCGCGUACCAAACAGACUGCUCGUAAGUCGACCGGAGGUAAAGCUCCUCGCAAGCAAUUGGCGACCAAGGCCGCUCGUAAGAGCGCACCGGCAACAGGAGGUGUCAAGAAGCCUCAUCGUUACAGGCCCGGGACGGUCGCCCUUCGUGAGAUUCGUCGUUACCAGAAGAGCACGGAACUCUUGAUUCGCAAACUGCCUUUCCAGCGUCUCGUCCGUGAGAUAGCUCAAGAUUUCAAGACCGAUCUCCGUUUUCAGAGUUCGGCGGUGAUGGCCCUGCAGGAAGCCAGCGAGGCGUAUCUGGUCGGUCUCUUCGAGGACACGAACCUUUGCGCUAUUCACGCGAAACGUGUGACAAUAAUGCCAAAAGACAUACAGCUCGCCCGCAGAAUCAGAGGUGAACGUGCGUAAAUUAUUUGUUGAUGACCAAAUUAAUUGAUUGAUUGAUUGAUGUGUGUUAUUAUUUAAUUUACUACGCCGUCUCGCGAUGCUGAUUUUAUUAUGAAGAAACAAAAAAGGCCCUUUUCAGGGCCGCAAUUCAUUCAUAUAACAGAAUACACACUGCCUACUGUUAUUUAUUAUUAUUAUUUUUAACUUACCCGUUUCAUUGUAUAAUAUAUUAUAUUAUGUAUUACGAUAACAUAUACCGUAUACCGUAGUCGUAUUAAAUUAAAUAUACGUUGAACGUAAAUAUAUAAAUAAAUAAUAUAUAUAACUAUUUCAGAUAUAAUUGUGAUAUAGUAAAUUGUAUUCAAACGUUCGAUUCGAUAAACUAAGAAGACAACGUCGUUGUGAAUAUUACCCCCCCCCCCCCGGCGUCGCUUUACAACGUUCAAAGAAUCGUCCGUGGUUGCGCGCACAGGCGCAGCGUAUAAAUAUAGGUCCGAACGUAAUUUUCGGAGGCUCAUUCGUCGUUC